AUGCUAAGGAACAUGCCACGCCUUUUGCAUGCUUCGGGGAGAGGAUAAAAAGCAGGUGAGCCAAAAGAGCUGGCAGCUGGAGCAUGCGGGAGAGGAGGCUGACCCUGCGGACAAAGAAAUCUCAGGCAGUUUGCAGACAAUCUCUGAAGUUCACAAUCCCCAGAACCAAAGAUAAGAAUACCACUCAUAAGUCACAGAUCAAGAAACAUCCACUUACAAUGGCGUCAGAAGAAGUGCGGAAGCUGCCUGCUGCCAGCGGAACUGUGGUGGACCAAGAUAUAUUGGACUGGUUUGCAGAGUUAUUGGAUGCUACAGAAUCAGUGAAACCACAUUUCACGCCUUCAGAAGUGCCUUCAGGUGAUGUCCCUAAAGGUUUACAACCACGUAGAUAUUCCCUUCAUGACACCGACCAUAAGAGCAUUUAUCUACAGGACAAGAAACUGGUAGCAGCUCCCCUGCAAGGUGACAAUUCUGCUCAAGAAGAGUUCCUCAGUGUGCUUCCCAAUAGGUUCUUGGAUCGCCAGAGGAUCCCUCUGAUUCUAGGGGUCAAAGAGGGCAGCCAGGGCAUCUCAUGUGGUAAAGAAGAAGAGCCCAAACUGCAACUGGAGGAUACACACCUGAUGGAUCUUUUUACCAAUGACAUGGAGGCCAAACGGUUCACCUUCUUCAAGUCAUACAAUGGCAGCACCCACACAUUUGAAUCAGCUGCCUUCCCCGGGUGGUACCUCUGCUCCCCAGUUGAGGCCCACAAGCCCCUCAUGCUCACUAGCCACUCAGGAGAAGCUGCAAUCACUGACUUCUAUUUCCAGCAUAAAUAACCCAGGGAACCAAUACUGGCUGAGGGGGACACGGCAGCUAUUCCAAGUACCAAAGGGAUCAGGAAUUCCAUUCCACAAAUCUGGGAAAGGGGUCAGGAAUACCAUUGCAAGCAAUCUGGUGACUAUGCUAUAACUGUCUCGUGUAGAUUAUCCUUGGCUGUGUUUUUUACAUAGAGGAAGGGGGGAUGAGGAAAGCAUGGCCUGAGAGCAAUGGCUGUUGCAGGUGAGAGAGAUGCAGGAGACACAUUUCUGUGCAUAUAGGUGUGGGGAGGGAUGCACUAGGAAGCCAAGUUGUAGAGCAUUAGGGCUACCCUUGGCAAGGGGCACAGCAACACUUUGAGAAGAGUGGGUGGGAAUUCUCUGGGAUCCAUUACUUUUAGAACUGUCUUACUGCUCUGUCUUUAGAACAAAGUUUGAGUCCAGUGGCACCUUUAAGACCAGCAAAGUUUUAUUCUGAGCUUUUGUGCGUGCAUGGUGUGCAUAUAAGUGUGCUUGCACACAAAAGUGCAUAUAAGUGUGCUUGCACACCUUGAAUAAAACUGUUUGGCUUGAAAGUGCCACUGGACUCAAACUUUAUUUUGCUGCUUCAGACCAGCAAGGCUGCCCACCUGGAUCUGCCUUUCCAGCUAUAACAUUUGCAGUUUGCAUUCCUCUCAAGGAAGCAUCCCUUAGUUUUAUAAUUUAAACACUAUUUAUAUUAUUUUUCACUGUGCCAUUUGGGGAUUUGUUGUUAUUGUAACUCACCCUGGGUUGGGAGCACCGGAAGUGUACAUGAAUUGUGAAUUGAUAUCCUGCCCCCAACAGCCCAGUGAACCAGCACUUGCGUUAAUACCUUCCAUGGCACUGCCUGUAUCUGAAAGGAUGCCAUUUUUGCAUAUGUGGUUUCUAAAGCUCUCUUGCCUGAGUCGGAUGGGGCUGCUUUGCUUUAUGUGCUUUCCUGUGGCUGCAGGAUUGUUUAUGUUUCAGCAUGUAUGCAUGGAUUUGGGUAGGUCUGUACUGUGGGUUUCAGUGCAGCCUUAAUAUUUAUUAUAUUCUUGUGUUUUAUUGCGUCAUGAGAAUUUGCCCUGAGAAACUUCAGCCUGGGAGAAUGAAAUACAAACAUUUAAAUAAAUAAAUUUUAAAAA